AUGGAUUUCAAUGGGAUGUUUGGGGCCGAAGUGGAACAGUCAGAUGAGAACAGCUCGGAUGGAUAUUGUGGCCGUUAUUAUGCGAGUGAUGACGAAGGUGGUGAGGAAGGUGACCCAACAGGGCACAGAGAAGAUGAACAUGGUAAUUUCUCAGGUGGUGCCAGUCAUGCAGGGGAUGGUGGCAAAAUUCGGCCGGUUGUGGCAGAGGAUUUCCUAGGCAGAGAGUUUGUUGGGGAGGAGGAUGCGUAUCUUGCGUACAAGGAGUUUGCUAGGACGAGGGGUUUCGGGGUCCGCAAGGGAGAUGUGGGGGAGGAGAGGUUGGAGAGUCGAACCGACUGCAAGGCGAAGUUGAAGAUUUACUAUGAUGUGCAACGCAGUGUGUGGAAGGUCAGGACCAUCUUCGAUGAGCACAACCACGAGCUUGCUCCGACCAUGUUUUCCCACCUCUUACCUAGCCAUCGCAAGAUGAGUAACGGCGACAAAGCGCAAUUUGAUAGCAUGAAGAAGUUUGGGAUACCAACCUCGAAGAUAAUGACUUACAUGGCUGGUCAAUCUGGAGGGUAUGGAAUGCUGCGAUUUACAAAGCGUGAUUUGUAUAAUUACGUACACGGGCAAAGGAUGGCUCGAAUCAAUGAUGGUGAUGCUGCAGCAACGAUCAGUUACUUGGAGGGCAAGGCAAAUGCCGACAUGACGACUGUGGCACGUUACACGCGAACUGCGGAUAAUCGGCUAGGGAGCCUUUUCUGGGUCGACGGUGAGAUGAUGUCGGACUAUCAGUUAUUUGGAGAUGUUAUGACUUUUGAUUCGACGUAUCGGUCUAAUAAGUACAAGAAACCGCUUGUAGUGUUCUCCGGGUCAAAUCACCACAAACAAACAACCAUUUUUGGAUUUGCGCUACUGGAGGAUGAGGAAGUUUGUACUUACCGGUGGCUGUUGUUAAAUCUUGUAGACGUAAUGGGAGAGAAGACGUCGUGCGUUGUUGUCACGGAUGGGGACAAAGCAAUGCGCGCAGCCAUCGCGGAGGUGUUCCCGGCAGCUAGGCACCGGCUGUGCGGGUGGCACUUGGAGAAAAACUGUGUUCAGAGGGUUAAGGAUACUGAAUUCCGGAAGGUCUUUAAGAAGGCUAUGUAUGCCAACUUCGAGGUGGAGGACUUUGAGGAAUAUUGGAAGAAGGCGGUGAAGUCACUUGGCCUUCAGAAUAAUAGUUGGGUUCAAAACACAUACGAGCUCAAAGAAAGUUGGGCAACAGCAUAUCUCCGGGGCAUGUUCUGUGCGGGAUACAGGACAACCUCCAGGUGUGAGGGAAUUAAUACAUACAUAAAGGGGUUCCUGAAAUCCACUAAUAGCAUUUUGGAGCUGGUGCACAGCUUAGAUCGCGUUGUAAAGGAUUAUCGAAACAGCGAAGUCACGGCGCAGUUCUAUUCUACGUAUUAUAGCCCAGUGUUAACAACCGGGCUUGACUCCAUUGAGCUUUUUGCAUCAAAACUGUACACGCGGGCAGUUUUUAGAGAGGUGAAGAAACAAAUCAAGGGUGUUGCGACAUUGUUGUUUCAUGGGAGAGAUAACAUCAGCACAACGGUUGUCUACAAGUUUUCAAGGAUGGGUGCCCCUGGUAGGAUUCACAAGGUUUUGUUCGACCCCGAUGACAAGAAAAUUCAGUGCGACUGUUCGAUGUGGAAUAGCGAGGGUAUUCCAUGUAGUCACAUUUUCUGCGUGAUGAAACACGAGGGUUUGGAUCAAAUCCCGGACAGUCUUAUAAUGAGAAGAUGGUGCAAGAAUGCAAAAGAUUCCAGCCGGAUGCCGGUGACUACGAGACCUGGACAUGAGGGUCGCAUGCUUAGGUAUGCCACACUUUGUUCGGCCACAAGCUUGGUCGCAAGACUUGGUUCGGAGGAGGGCGAAGACUUUGAAUUCGCUAGGGAGAGCAUCGCAAGUGUAAUAGAAAAGCUACGUCACAGAUUUUAUGAGAGGGCAGGCGGUCAGCCAGGUAUGUCGGCGUGGAGCCCGAUGAAGGACCCGGUGGUCGCAAGAACAAAAGGUGCCCCUAAGAGGACGAAGGAUUUCGACCUAAGCAGUCAACCCGAUUUCUGA